AUGGAAGUUAAAUACGAAGGCGGUGAAGCGAACUCUCAAACAACACACCAUGUAUUGGAACCCAAGUUACCAAAAUACGUCCAGGAACCCAAGUUACCAAAAUACGUCCAGGAACCCAAGUUACCAAAAUACAUCCAGGAACCCAAGUUACCAAAAUACGUCCAGGAACCCAAGUUACCAAAAUACGUCCAGGAACUCAAGUUACCAAAAUACGUCCAGGAACCCAAGUUACCAAAAUACAUCCAGGAACCCAAGUUACCAAAAUACGUCCAGGAACCCAAGUUACCAAAAUACGUCCAGGAACCCAAGUUACCAAAAUACAUCCAGGAACCCAAGUUACCAAAAUACGUCCAGGAACCCAAGUUACCAAAAUACAUCCAGGAACCCAAGUUACCAAAAUACGUCCAGGAACCCAAGUUACCAAAAUACGUCCAGGAACCCAAGUUACCAAAAUACGUCCAGGAACCCAAGUUACCAAAAUACGUCCAGGAACCCAAGUUACCAAAAUACGUCCAGGAACCCAAGUUACAAAAGUAA